AUGACCAAAUUUGUUGGAUGUAUUGAUUUACACAAUGGGGAGGUUAAACAAAUUGUCGGAGGGACCUUAAGAGACGAAGAAACGAGUAAUUUAAAGACAAAUUUCGUGUCGAAGAGGCCUUCAUCGUUUUAUGCUCGUCUUUACCAUGAGAAGCACAUUGACGGGUGUCAUGUAAUAAAAUUGGGACCUAACAACGACGAAGCAGCAAUUGAUGCGCUGAAAGCGGCUCCAGGUUUUCUCCAGGUUGGUGGAGGCAUAAAUUUGGACAACUGCGAAGAAUGGCUGGCUUACGCUAGUAAAAUUAUUGUGACAAGUUGGCUGUUUACUACGGAGGGCGAUUUUCAAAUGAAUAGAUUGAAGCAGAUUUCGAAACAGUGCGGUCCAGAGAGACUUGUGGUUGACUUGAGUUGUAGAAAAGUCGUGGCAACGGGAACCGUCAAAUGGGUUGUCGCGAUGAAUAAAUGGCAGAAACUUACGUCUUUGGAAUUGAGCGCACAGACAUUCCAGUCGUUGAGUAUGUUCUCUCACGAGUUUCUCAUACACGCGGCGGAUGUAGAAGGUCUCUGCAGGGGCAUAGAAGAAGACCUUGUCGAGCGACUCUACGAAUGGACUAAAGAUCUGCCCAACGUGAAAAUAGUGUACGCAGGCGGCGCGAAAAGUAUCGAAGACCUGGAAUUGGUCAGUGGAUUGAGCCAUGGCAAAGUGGAUCUCACUUUUGGCAGCUCUUUGGACUUGUUUGGCGGUGAAUUAGUCAAAUUCGAAGACUGCUGCAAAUGGAACGAAACUCAUUAA